AUGUCUCUUUUUUCAACAUGUGUUCAACAAAUUAAUAACAAUUCAUCAUCAUCAUCAUCAUCAACAACUGAAUAUCAUCUUAUUGAUAAUGAAUAUUAUGUUGCAUUUAAUACACUUGAUGAUAUUCAACGAUUUCAUAAUAAAUUAAUUGAAAAACAACAAAAUCCUAAUAAUGAAAAAGAUAAUGAUCUACAAACUGUACAAGAUGAUAAUGAAAUGGAUAUGAAAACAUUUGCUCAACAAUUUCUUAUUGAUUUACCUGAAACAAUAAUAAAUCAUAAUAAAAAUCCAACUGAAAUUCAUAUAAAUCAAUCAAAAAAUUCUAAUAAUUCUGAAUUAAAUACAAAAAGACAACGACGUAAUAUUAAAGAUUUACCACAAUCAAGUAAUUUUUUAUUUAUGUCUGAUGAUGAUAAUGGUAAUAUAUUCGAUAGUUUAACAGAAAAAAAAUCUUCAUCACGUACAAAUCGUAUUGCAUAUGAAGAUAUGAGUUCAAUACUUCUUACAUUAGAUGUUAAAAAACCAAAGAAAAAAAAAUCUUUAUCAAAAAUUAAAAAUCAAGAACCAACAAUAGCUAUUGAAUUAGCUGAACCAUCAAUAAUUAAAAAUGAACCUAUAGAACAACAAGAACAACUUGUUAUUACUCAUGUUACUGAAACAAAAGAAGAACCUAUACAAAUAAAUGUCAUUCCAACUGGUCCAAUGAGCUUUGGAACAACCGAAUAUUCUCAUGAUUUGGAUAAUUAUGUACAAAAUAUUCAUCGAUCAUGUACAACAAAUGUACCUAUAUCAAAUUCAUCAACAUUACGUCCGCAACGAAUACGUAAACGUAAAAAGUUCUAUAUUGAAGAAAGUGAAACAAAUAUUAAACCAAAACGUAUACGAAAAAAACGAUUACAUACAAAUAUUAAUACAACAUUAUUAACUGAUGCAGAAAUUGAACAACAAUUUGGUGAACGUUUAUCACCAACAAUUAAAUUCGAACAUCAUGAUGAAAUACAACAUAAUAUUAAUAAUCAUAUUAUUAUUGAAACUCAAUCUAUACCUGAAACACCUAUUGAAAAAGCAAGAGCAAAAUUAAUGAAUGCUUUAGGACGUGGUCAUGGUCCUGAUACAUUUUUAUUAAAAAUUCGUUCUCGUGAAAAUAAAAUAUUCGAAGUUGAAUUAGCUAUUUAUAGUACAGCUGAUUGGCAUUCAUAUCGUACAAAAAUUUUAUCAAAAAUUGAAGAGGCUCUACGUGGUCUUCGUGUUAGUUGGACAAAAAUUGAUAUACGAGUUGAUCAUUUUGAUAUACAAAUAUGUACAUCAUCUCAAUCUACUUCUAUGACAUCAUCAUCAUCAUCAUUAACAAAUAUGAAUUCAUCAUGGUUUUUAAAAGUAUUAAGUGAAUCUGGACCAUUAAUUGUUCAUAUUCAUGAUAGACGACAUCCUCAACAACGACAUUUUAUCAAAUGUUCAUGUCCACAAUGUUCAUCAAAUGAACAAAUAAAUGAUUCAUCAUUACCAGUUAUUGUCAGUGUUUCUCCUGCCAAAACAACAUACAAUCGUCAUCUAUCUACACCAACUAUUCUUCGUAAAACUCAUCUAUCUUUGAGUUCAACAAUAUCAUCAUUACAUAAUAUUCAUACAAAAUUUUUUCAAGAUCUUAUUUAUCAAUAUGGUACAAAUACAAUUAGUUCUGUAACACAAUGUAUACUUGAUUUAACACUUAUUGUUAGUGUUCAUUCAUCAUUAUCAUGUCUUUAUACAUCAAAUGAAGAUUAUGAAAAAAAUUAUCAACAAAUUAUUGAUCCACUUAAAUAUACAAUGAAUCAAAAUGAAAAUAAACCAAUAUCAAAAUGUUUAAAUCAACCAGAUAUUUUAACAUUCUAUCAAAUGAUUAAAAAAAAUAAAGCAAAUAUAAGAAAUGCACAAUCAAUGAAAGGUUUAAUUUUUAAUAAUAUUUCAAGAACAUCUUCUGUUACAUCAAAUAUAAUCAAAACAACAGAAUUAAUUUUACCAAAACAACCAUCAACAAAUCGUCGUUCUCUUAUAAUGAAUCGUUUUAAUAAACGUCAUCGAAGUCAAAUAUCAAAUAAUUAUAAUUAUAAUGGAAUAAAACAACAAGCUCAUUUUACACCAAUUAUUGAACUUAAACCAAUUUUAGGUGGAUCACCACUAACUGAUGAAUGUGAUAAUGAUGAACCAAUUAGAAAAGUUACAAAAAUUAUAUCAACAAAUACAAUACAAAAAGAUUCACGACGUAUCAAUACUGUUACAACACAAGAGAUUACUCCUCGUGUAAUUCGUUUAUCAAUUAAUAAAUCACCGUCAUUACCAUCGAAUUCAAUCCGAUUAGUAGCAUCAACUUCAUCACAUCCAAUUGCAUCUGUUAAUAAAAUUGAAACAUCACCGUUAGUACCUAAACAGAUUAAUAUCAUCAAACAAUUAUCAUCAUCAAUUACACCAGCUAUUAAACUUGCUAAUCCGAUACUUAUUUCUAAUAAAUCUCAACAACAGCCGUCGAUAAACUAA